UACAAGGUAAACCACUUACUGUUCUGAUGCAGCAUUGUCAUUAUAUGGAAGCAGUUGUGCCUUAUGGUUAGAGAGUUGGACUUGUAACCCAAAAGUUGUGGGUUCGAGUCUUGGUUUGUUUGUUUGUUCAUUUCCUCCUUCAGACCAUUCCAGCAUCUAUGGCUAUAUUCAUGGCGAGAACCAGUUAAUCCAGUUAGUCUUGUCCCACAAUUCUGGGGACAAUUUAGAGUCUUCAAUUAACCUUACCUGUGGGAAGAAACCGGAGUACCAACAGCUGAUCUUUAAGUAUCCACAAGUUCUCAAAUACAUUUGCGAAGAAUUUUUUGCUGCGGUGCCGAGGGAGUAGUUGGGGGUUCGGUGCCUUUCUCAAGGGUCUCACCUCAGGGCGCUGGUCAUUCACUUACUGGCAUAAACCCAUGCAAACACAGGAAGAACAUAAGCUCCACACAGAAAGGCCUCUUAUCCCUGCCUGGGCUCAAACCAGGGACCUUCUUGCUGCGAGACAACAGUGCUAACCACCGAGCCACCGUGCUGCCUGUUCGAGUCUUGGUACCGGCAGGUUUUAGGUGGGGGGAGUGAAUGACCAGUGCCCUGAGGUGGGACCCUUGAGCAAGGCACCGAAUCCCCCCAACUGCUCCCCGGGUGCCGCAGCAAAAAAAAAAAAAUUCAAAGUUCAAACUGUAUACUAUUUGUGGAUACUUAAAGAUCAGCUGUUGAUAUUGUGUUUUAAAAGCUGUAUUCUUUUGUGAUUGUUGAAUUAGACUUGAGCCUCAUUGUGGGCCGUCACUCAUUCAUCUGCUCUCGCUCUGUCUUUUGUAUACCCACUCUCUCAUUUCCUGUGUCCUGUGCUGUUGUCAUGACCACUGUUGCCAAGGAGAGGCAGCCACAAGAGAAAGGAAACUUAAACCAGAGAUCUUGUAGCUGUAAUAUUUAAUUCAUCACCUCAGACACUAACGUUUGCAGGUUAUGGAGCAGGCCAAAACAAAGGAAAGGCCAAAAUGACUUACAAAAACAAGAGCCUUUAAAAACAACUUGGUAGUAGUUUCUUUAACAAAUGAAUACAUUAUAAAAUCUAAAAUACAGUAAAUACGCAGCUCUAAAAAACCCACUAUCAAUUCAUCUUUAAUCACCUUGUGAGGUAACCUUAUAUUGCUGUCAUCGGAUCAUUUUGUAUCUUUGUAAAAUAUCCCUUUACAACUUGACGGCCAUGUGAAUUCACACUUCUGUAUAAAUGCUGUUACACCUUGAGUGUUUUUGAGAGAAAGUCGAUUACUAAUGUUAUCCAUCACAAAAAAUGGACUGGCAUGCUGUUUCAAAGUGUGAGGAUUUUGGUGUUAGUCAUUACAGGCUCCCAGAAAUGCCCACAGCAGCUACAGGCCAACAAUUUCUUUGUCUCAUAAGGGUAAUGGCAAUCACUCCUUUGUUGCAGCCCAUCAAAAGAACUGAACGUUUUGAGGCGUAUUGUUGACGGCCCCUAGAUUGUCUUUGUGUUAAUUGAUCCGCUAGCAGACACCACUCUUGCCCUCCCUCCUCUGUCUCGCUCCGUCUCCCUUUAUAUCCUGCCAUCCGCUGCUUUCCUUUCAGGAUGAGAGUGGCUUUGCUCGACAGUGUUUCUAAAGAUGGAUGGGACUGGCACACUUGAAACACCUGUAAGGGUUAUCAGGCUGUCCAAUAGGCGAUCUCCACUCUGACAGAAACCAACCAACCCGUGAAGGUUUUGCAGGAAAGAGGACAUUUCUUUUGUCUUUGCCUAAGUGGCCUGAAGCACAGCACCCUUUUUUGUGUCUGCUCUCGAUACGACACUCCUCUUUAUAAGAGGAGUCCAGCCUAAAGAGCUUGAAAGAGGACAACGUCUACUUCUGGCAUCUAUCCGCACAGGUGUCACAUCUGAAGAACCUUUCUUUUUAAUCCACAAAAACUCUUGGAUAAUUUACGAAGGCCUUUGCCAUCGUUCAGACUCUAGGUUUUGUUUGACGUUUGUUGGGUGCUUGGAAGUAAUGCAUCUUUGACAGCCAGUGCAUCCACGUCACAGUAUCAAAUUCAAUCGGUGUGACCUGUUUGGGUAAGGCAACACCGGACUGGGUAGCAACAGGGACACAUGUCCCUGCGAUAAGAGUAGAUCUUUCUUUACCGAGAAGACAAGAAGUCCACCGCACUUUACAGUGGUGCAAGACCAACUUCUACCCCCCGGACGUAGCCUGUGAUGGUGGUACUCAUUGAAGUUCAGUCAGUUCCAUGUGGGUGAGUUGAGACGGUGGCAUCAGUUCUUCAAUUAUUCAUCACUUCAAAGAAAGACCAGGCGAAAGUGAACUGUCUGAGGAACCAAAAGACGGAAUAGAAUGUGGGUGAACAAAACUUUGUUCCAAGAAUUCUGAAAGACAAAUUAGAGAGGUCUGGCAAGGAUCUUUUUAAGGAGGGCUGACUGAGACUUCUUGCAGAGGAUUGGCAAAUGUGACAAGACCAAAAACGGAUAAGAAUGCACCUGAACUGAAUGCACUCUGAGAAAUUUAAAAAAGAACCGAGAGGUCUAGCAAGGAACUUUAAAGAAGCACCUGAAGACUGAUGCGUCUGGGGACAAAUUGUUCCGAGAAAUCUGAAAGGCAAAACCCAGAGAUCUAGCAAGGAAAUUUUAAAGAAGGACUGACUGAGACUUCUUGCCGAGGACUGGCAAAGUGCCUACCUCUGUGGGCAAGAAGGUCUGAAGCUAUUAUCUAUAGUUGGACCACCUGCAAGCGGAAAAGUGUCGUCGAGGUUGUGGCCCGAGGAGGCGUGGUACUCAGAGGGUGGCGAGAUGGUGAACACAGGUAUGCAGCUGAUCAGCUUCACCUGUGCCGUGACAGGUUGGGUGAUGGCUAUAGCAGUGACCGCCCUUCCCCAGUGGAAGGUCACGGCCUUCAUAGGCAGCAACAUCUUGACCUCCGAAAUAGUUUGGCAGGGGAUCUGGAUGAACUGCAUCUACCAGACCACUGGCCAUAUGCAGUGUAAGACCUACGACUCCAUGCUGGCUCUACCGCCUGAUAUCCAGGCGGCACGGGCACUGAUGUGCAUUGCUAUCUUCUUGGGCUGGUUGUCCUGCACCGUCUCUUGCUGUGGAAUGAAGUGCACCACCUGUGCCGGGGACGAUCGCCAUGCCAAGGCUGGCAUAGCGCUGUCCGGUGGGGUGCUCUUCAUCCUGACGGGCCUGUGCGUCCUAGUGCCGGUUUCCUGGACAGCAAACACUGUGGUGCAGGACUUCUACAACCCCAAUGUUCCCCUCCAGCACAAGCGGGAGCUGGGUCAGGCCAUUUACCUGGGAUGGGCGGCAGCAGUGAUUCUUAUGAUCAGCGGGGCGGUGCUCAGCAGUACCUGCCCGCACAUUGAGAGAGGAGGGUACAGACGUGGAUACAUAGGCCGUAGUUUUGCAAACUCAAGGCCUUCUGCUCCCGACCCACCGAAGCCUAUCACCACCAGUACCCUGCCUUUAAAGGAGUAUGUAUGAUAAAGAUAAAAAGUGAAUGCAAAUGCGCAAAGGUGUGAUUAAUGAUUAAAGGUGCACUCAGUAAUAUUUCUUUCAAUGGACAGAUGCAUUUAUCUUCUUUUUUCUUCUUUUGCUCAUACAUUGGACACUUGUUGAUGCUGUUGACUCGGGGCUCCUUCAUUAUGUUGUCUGUAAUAUACAUAUUUAUUGUUAUAUCGUUUUGUUUAGAUAUAUUUGUAUGUUUAUGUUUGUAAAGUUUAUUUUUAAACCGUCACUUUUGCACCACUAGUGGCACCAAAAUGGAAUUGCAAUCUGCUAUUUUUUUCAGUGCAUCAUUGGCACAACCAUUGUUGUGAGUUUGGAGUGAAACUAUUAGUUUGUCAGAACAUUUUUUUUUUCACUUUUUUUGGGGACACAGGUGCAGAAACUACACAUUUCACCUUUAAAGUCUGUCAUUUCUGCACCACUAGCAAAAACAGAAUUGAAAAAAUAAUGAUUGCCAUUUACCACUGAAAAACAGAUAGUUUCAACCCAAACACUGGAAAGAAUGACACACUUCAACUUUAACUGAACUUUAUAGCUCAACUCAAUUGUAAAACACAGCUGGCCAUGUGAUCUCAGUUUGUGUAAGUGUACAUUUUUAAUUAAUUUGUCAUAAGUAUUUUUUCAGGGGUAAGGUUUUAACAUGGAAAAAUGUACUGAGUGCACCUUUAAUUAAAGACAGUCUAGUAUCUAGAAUUAGGAACAUAGUGUUUGAGUAGAAACAUUGUAGUAGUAUUGCAGUGGAUCUAAGGUUUUCAAAAUCAUUUUACUUCCCCUUUCUGUUUUUAGCUCUCUCUGCCUAUUACUGUAUUUUUGGUAACACUGUAGUAUAUGGACCAAAUCUCACUAUUAACUAGCUGCUUAUUAGCAUGCUUCUUAUUAACAUUUGGCUGUUUAUUAGAACUUAAAAAGCACAUACUGUAUUCAGCACGACCAUAUUCUACAUCCCUACUUAACAACUACCUUACAAUUUAAAAGCAGCAAAUUAGGAUUUCAUUGAGGCAAAAAUUGUAGUUAAUGGUUUAAUGCUGAGAAUUGGCCCCUAAAAUAAAGUGUGACCGUAUUUUCUCAAAUGAAGUGUUCAUUCAGAUAUUAUACUAUUGAUUAAGACAUUUAGAUUAGUUUUGACCACAUUUUGAUAAGAUUUUCAUUUGUUUUUAUAGUUCUAUAGUAUUAACUGUGGGUUAACUGAACUCUUAAGCCCAUUUUGCAGUGUUUUCCAUUUCUUUUUCUUGUAAAUGGUAAUGUAUCUUGUGUGUUGUAAACAAAUGACUGCACACCACCACUGUCUGUAGAAACAGUACACCCAUUCAGUAUGUCUGAUUGCUGUGUUCAUUGUUUUCUCUGUAUUUGUUUAUUAAAAUUGUGUGAACUUGAACCUUCUAAGAAUAAAAAAAUAAUAGACGUGUGAUGUGA